AUGCAAUUACUCCUGCGAAAAAAAUGGGUUGAUUCAAACCAACAAGACGAGAGAAGACAUACACCACUUUCAUGGGCCGCUAGAAACGGCCAAGCGACACAGGUCCGAAUCCUGUUAACGCACAAAGGUGUUGAUCCGAACUCCAGAACCCUCGAGGGCUGGACACCACUGUCCCUUAGUGCCCGUUUGGGACACCAAGCGGUAGUGGAGGAGCUGUUAUCACGACAGGAUGUGGACGCCAAUGCGGCGGAUAUGUGGAACUGUUCGCCGCUGGAAUACGCUGCUGGUUCCGGACAUCUUCGGAUUGUGAAACUUCUUCUGCAAAAGGGGGCCAAUCCAGCAGCGAUAGAUAUGCGAGGAUGGACGCCCAUAUCUCGUGCUGCGCAGGAGGGGCAUGAAGAUUUUGUUAGUGCUCUGCUUGAGUGCGACAAGAUGACAGCCGACUUGGCAGAUUUUGAAUACAGAACACCCUUGUCUCAUGCGGCUGAAGAGGGUUACGAAAGUAUUGUUCAGCUUUUGCUAUCUUUGAACAGUGUAAAUGCAGACUCCAAGGAUUUCGAGGGCCGGACACCGCUUGCAUGGGCUGCUCGAGGAGGAUGUGAAGGCGUCGUGAAGAUGCUCCUGGAGCGUGAUGAUGUUGAGGUCGACGGGAAAUGUAAUCAGAAUUGGACUCCACUCUCUCGCGCUUGUCAAGAAGGCUAUGAAAGUAUUGUGAGGCUGCUUUUGUCCCGUGGCGGUGUUGAUGUUAAUUCUCGGGAUCAUGAUGGAUGGACACCUCUGAUGCAUGCCACUGAACAAGGCCAUAAGAGAGUUAUUCGAAUUCUAUUGGGAGAAACUAAUCCAUAA